UUGACCGAAGAUUAAAACUCUAGAGUGAGAAACACACGUCGUAACCGUGAGGCUAUUUGGGUUGCGAGGUAGGAGAGAGGUGUUACACAGCAUGACAUGACACCCCUUCCUCAUAGUAUAAAGAAGCAUCAUCAUCUCGUUGCAUCAUCCAUCAUCUUAUUAUUAUUUACAUGAUGAUGAAAGCCAUGAGAGUUGUUGGGUUAGCUAUGACGCUGCUCAUGACCACAACGGUUCUUACGAUAGUCACUGCACAGCUGUUACCCGAGGACCAGCAACCACCACCUCCACCAAUGUUACCCGAGGAAGAAGUGGGAGGAUGCAGCAGGACAUUCUUCUCAGCACUGGUUCAGCUAAUACCUUGUAGAGCAGCAGUGGCUCCUUUCAGUCCAAUCCCACCGACCGAGUCAUGUUGCUCUGCCGUUGUCACACUUGGUCGCCCUUGCCUUUGCCUCCUCGCCAAUGGACCUCCACUCUCAGGGAUUGACCGCUCCAUGGCUCUUCAGCUUCCUCAGCGAUGUUCUGCUAAUUUCCCUCCUUGCGAUAUCAUUAACUAG